AUGGAUGGCAUCCAUCCGGUCAGUGGAUCCUAUAAAUCUUGGAGCAGUCGCAGAGUGCUACCAAAAGAUCGACAGAAUGUCACGGUGAGCAUUGUGGUGGUAGCGUCAGGGCGUGAAGGCGAUUUCCUCAGCCAAGUACCUACCAUAAAAGUCAAGAGCAAAAGCCAUAAAAGUGAUCGUUUGACGAACUAUGCAGAAAAAAUCAAAAAAGAAUCAGACGAUUAUUGGAAUUGUUUGAGAUACGUUCUUCUGAUCGAAGACGAUGCCAUACCUGUACCUCAUUUUAUGCCUUUAUUGAAUUCCGUUGUUCAACAAAUGGAUUCGAAUCCACAGAUUGAUUUUGUUAAGCUCUAUCAUCCGCGUUAUCUAAGGAAAAUUCCUUAUUACUUCCAGGUUAUCAUCAGUUUAGUGCUCUCCCGGAUAUACCAUAAAUAA